GGGCUGGGCAAAUCGUUAGAGAGAAAAAGAAGUGCCCCGAAAGCGGCUGGAGGAGAGGUCGAGGGACGCGGUAGCCCCUGUGUUAGAAGAUGGCACUCUGACGUUUCUCUCUGGGUCAGCGUUGGAGGUUGAGCCUCCUUUGAAGUCUUGGCAGUGUGGAUAGGUGGCUGUUGUUGCUUCAGAGAUCCGCAUCUCCCAUAAAGGAGUACCUCAUGUGAAGAUGUCAGCUCUUUUCCUUGCUUUUAAGUCUAAGCCCCUUUGGCAGUUGAUGAAAUUCUGCUCUCAGAAACAGUCACCUGGCUUCUUCCAACUCAGCGGUUCCAUCCUUACAGCCAUGCCUGGAGCUCAACGCCUGCUGGCAGAGCCCUCUCCUCUCAGCCUCCACAGGUCAGCACGAUAGCACUGUCUCUCUAUGCUUAGGGAGAGGCCUGUCCCGUACAUCCCGUGCCCCCGCAAGACGCCUACUACAACACUGGAUAAAUUUCUAUUCAGAUGCAACUCAGGAUUACAGUUCAAGGCAGAUGGAGUAAGAGACUCACACCCAGAAAAAGAGGUGGUGAAAGUGACUGUUCAGACCUCCCGUUGCUGAGUUUCAGAAGAACGGAAUGUAGAAAACAAAGGAUAAAAUUUAAAAGGUCUUGCCUUGCUUAUAUCAUCAGUGCACUGCCAUUACAUCACCCACAGUAUGGGAACACUUCAUGAUUCACUGACUACUAAGUAUGAAAGGUGGACCAUUUUUUUUCCAGCAGCUGGCUGCUUUUCAAGGGUGCGACUGCUUUUUGCCCCCUGCAGAUGAUAAGCAGGCAGGCAUGCUGGCAGGACUCACAGGAGCCAGCUGUGACCUUGCCUUUGUGGCUGUUGGCUCUGCCUGCAGGAGACUUGCAGCUCUGCUGGAUGCCUGCUGAAUCCCUGUGGUCUCGCCAGAAUGUUUAUCCAUGAUGCUGCGGCUCCUGCUUCAUGACCAUGCUCCACGUCACCCACAAUCAGACUGUGUGCUGUCCCUGCUUCCUGAGCUGUUGAUCCAAGGAUCUGUAAAAUGACAGAAUUAGCCUUUUGUGGGGGGAGCAGGUAAUGGAUGAGACAAAUGAAUUCCAUCCUUCAUCCUCCCAGGAAGAGUAGAAGAAUCUCCACUAAUGUACUAGAUAAUGUACAGAUAAUUUUGUAGGUUGGAGUCUAAUGUCAGCACUGCCAUUUUGAUGGACCAUUAUGUUCCUCAUACCCUUUUGUGGAGCCUUUCAGAUCUGCUUUUCGUAGUUACAAAUACAGAACUCUGUAACCUGGAGGAGUGGCAGCAAGGGAUCUGCUCCAGCUCUGAGCACAGGGUUAUGCCCUUUAUACAGAGAAAAGCAAGAAGCAUAAAACAUACAACUCUGAUUGAUUUCUCCACUCAGGCUUUGUCACUGUUCACAGAAGCAGCCAUACUGAACAGAAAUGUACACAAUCUGAACCUACCUGUCAGACAUAUGUGUUCUUAGUAUAAAAGCAGAAAUUAAUAUUUUGUCCUCUUGUCCUAUCAAAUGUAUCUUAUCAUCUGCCCAUCAUUUGCUGAAAUGUCCUGCUGAAUGUGUAAGCAGGCCCAUCAUCCUGUACCAGCAGGGAUGCUGGGCUUUCUUGCCAUUAUUAUUAUUAUGGAUGCACUGUGUUUGCACUGUGAGUAAAGAGCUCACACAAAAUCAAAUGACUGCUUUCAGACACAGAUAACAGAAACAAGCAAACAAACAAACAAACAAAAACAACCAACACUGAUUAUGCUGUAUGUAUUUAUCUGCAGCUUCCCUGAAGCCAGGAUGGCUUCACUCAGCUGUCACUUCCUUAGGCUGAUUUGCGGGACUGUGCAGGCUAUAGCAUUUCUAAUGGCAUAGUUUGCAAGUGAAUGCAUCUGUGGUACGUUCUUCAAGACACGUUCUUCAUUUUGAGAUCUGGGUGGGUUUUUUUUUUUUUUUAUUUAAUCAUCCUUUAACUCCCACACGUUCUCAUUGUAUAUAUGCUUGCAAAUUUCCCAGCAGAAGAAUAAAACUCCACUGGAGCAUAUUGUACUUUCAAAUGCUGUGAAGAAAACAGAACCCUUUCCGCAUUGUGCUGCUGCUAUCAUUAGUAACACCGAGACAACAGAGACCUGUGAGAAGCGAGGCUUCUAACACCCCCUGAAGAAUGCCCUCACUGCUUAUUCAGGCCUUUCCAUUCUUUCUAGCAACGGCUCAAAAUUCAAGCACAAAUCAUCCCAAAGCACGCCGGAGCCCAGGGGUGCAGGAUGAGCGGCCAGGUAAGCCACACUGCCCUGCUUUCUAUGAGCAGUGUGUGGUGGCUGAGCACAAUCUGAGUGCCCAUGCCCCGGGCUGCCACCUGCACAGCCUGUCCCUGCCCAGGCUUCAGGUCAACAGUCCCAGGCUGGGGCUCCACUGUCACCUCUCAGCCCCAGGCCCAGGUGCUGGCUGGCCGGGGUUUCUCUCACUUGUGGAGAUGCAAAAACGGGGUGUUUGUGGAACAACAUCCAAGCACAGGAAGACGAGGUGCCAACAAGCCUCUGGGGUCUGGGGACGACCGGCCAGUGUCGCCUCAGCCACCACAGUGGUGACACAGUUACUCGGCAUCAAGCACCGUCGCUCACUGCCCCUCGGUUAAGCCUCUUCCCCACAUGAGAAGCUCUGACAAUCGCGCAGCGAAACGACGCGGGCGGGUAGCGCGGCGUCGUCCCAUACAGCGUCGCCGCGCGGAGGCACUGCUCCGGCCCCCGCUGAGGCGCACCCCGCCUUCCGAGGAGCGGGGCGGGCCGGAGGCGGGCCGCGGGGCUGCACCGAGCCCCGCACCGGAGCAGGGCGCUGACGCCACCGGAGCGCAGCCUCCUCCCCCAUCCGCUGCGAGCGGCGCCCGCGCUGCCACAUCGGCACGGCCGCUCCGCCAGGCGCUUCCCGAAGCAGAGCGGGAGCCCCCGCGCGCCGGGAGAUGGAGCUCCGCUGCCGCGCUUGCUGCCGCCGCCGCUGCCGCCCGCCGGGACCCGCGCUCCGCCAGGGCCGCCGCUGCGACUGCCGGGCCGGGCAGCGCGGCGCCGCCGCCUAACGCCGCAGCCGAGGGGGAGGCCCUCCGUCCGCAGAGCCCCCUCCUUCCCGCCCUCCCGCCGCCGCUUCCCCGCCCCCGCCCGGCGCUCGGUGCUCGACCGGGCUCCGCCGCCCGGAGCGGGCCAUGGCGGGGCGAUGAAGGAGGGGCCGCCCCUGCCCGCAGGCUGCGUGGGGAGGCGGGGAGCGACGGGGCCGGGCGGCUCGGGGGGAUGUGGGGCGCGGGGGCCGCGGCGCUGCAGCUGCUCUCCCGAGCCGUGAGGCAGGGCGCCCGGCAGGAGCUGGGCCGCUGGCUGUCCCGGGCGGCCGGCACGGCGGCGGGAGGCGGCGGCGACCCCGGCGGCUUCGUCCCGGCGGAGGCCGGCGGGCUGCUGCUGGGGCCCUACGCGGAGCAGGGCGGGCUGCCGCCGGCAGAGCUGCUGCUGUGCCCGCUGCCCGAGGCGGGCGGCGGCGGGCCCGGGCUGGCCGAGGCUCGCGGCUGGCGCUGCUCCUGCUGCCUGCUGGGCACCUGCUGGUGCAAGAGCUGCCUCAGCGUGUGCCUCCUGGCGGCCCUGUGCUUCGCCUCGCUGGCCCUGGUGCGCCAGUACCUGCGCGACCUGCUUCUGUGGGCGGAGAGCCUGGACAGCCUGGCCGGCGUGCUGCUCUUCACCGUGGGCUUCAUCGUCGUGUCCUUCCCCUGCGGCUGGGGCUACAUCCUGCUCAACGUGGCCGCCGGCUACCUCUACGGCUUCGUGCUGGGCAUGGGGCUGAUGGUGCUGGGCGUCCUCGUCGGCACCUUCGUGGCGCACGUGGCCUGCCGGCGGCUGCUGGCCCGCUGGGCGCUGGACAGGAUCCAGGGCAGCACGACGCUCAGCGCCGUCGUCCGCGUGGUGGAGGGCGGCAGCGGGCUCAAGGUGGUGGCCCUCGCGCGCCUGACGCCCAUCCCCUUCGGGCUGCAGAACGCCGUCUUCGCGGUUACAGAUCUGUCGCUGCCCAACUACCUGAUGGCUUCUUCAGUUGGGCUGCUUCCUACUCAGCUCCUAAACUCAUACUUGGGAACUACCUUGCGCACCAUGGAGGACGUGAUCGCAGAACAGAGUGUUAGUGGCUAUCUAAUAUUUAGUUUACAGAUUGUUAUAAGCAUAGGACUUAUGUUUUAUGUUGUUCACCGAGCUCAAGUGGAACUGAAUGCAGCUAUUGUAGCGUGUGAGAUGGAGAUGAAGACAUCUCUUGUUAAAGACUGCCAGCCAAGCAUCAGUGGUUCAACGACAUAUUGCAACAAAAGGACAGUAGCGUUCUCUGGGGGAGGUGUCAAUAUUGUGUGAUUUCAAGUAUUAAUAAAAUAAGGUUUUUGUGAACCUAAGCUAUUGCCUAGAAAUGUCUAUGGACAAUUCAAGUAGCUUUUAAAAAAAUAUUUCAAAUGGUUACAGGUUGUACUAUGGCACAAACCAGCUGACCAGCUCUUGAAUUGCACACGGGGUGACUUCUAGCAAGAGUAACACGGUGAAGUAACUUGAGAUGUAAAUGCAAAUUUAGCUGCACCUUUGGUCAUUUAUUAUGCCUAUCAUGGCCUGUAGUCUGCACUUUAGUUUUUUUUUCUUUGCUCCUAUAAACAGAAAAAUGCUUCUAUAAACUGAGAAAAGUAGCACAGAGGUAAAUAUUUUUCUGCUUAGCAUUAUUUAUAAGGCUGAAUAAUUAUAUGCAGUAGAACUUUAUUACUGAUAAAGAUGAAUGAGAAAGUACGCAGUUCAAUGUACAGUAUUCUUGAAUGUGCUUUUGCUCCCAGACCUUGGAGUGUAUUAUUUUGGUAACGGUGGGACCAUUUGGCUUUUCCUUCAUUUCUGAUUUCAGGGGUUGAGGGUGGGGAGAGAACCCUAUAUAAAGUUUUGGUUGAAUGUAUUUUUGUAAGUCAUUGAAAAUGUUGCAGAGCCAUGCAUAUGUAGUCACACAAGCUUAAAUCCUACAUGGUGGGACUGAAGUGCUCUUAAAUAACAUUUUAAGUUACACUGUGUAAUAUGCAAAGUAAAAGGGAAAGUGUAGAUGUUAUAAUAGAUUGCAGUGAGGAGCUUCUGUUUAAAGGAAACUUCAAGAAUCAACUAACUGUUGCAUUGGUUUUACCACCUUGGUGAUAGUAACAAAGGGCUGUUCCAUGUUAAUCCUAUUUAUAAAUAGUUUGAUUGGAACGGUGUUUUUCAGCUCACAUGCCUGCAUAUAAUAAGGCUUCCAGACCAGGGAGCUAAAUCUCUCCCACAAACACAAAAUGAGAUACUAGCAGACUAAUCUUACAUGCAGGUGGCCUUUAUUUUGUAAGUGAAUCCCUCCCUCCCUUUAAAAAGCUUUAAAAAUCAGUUGAUAUGGUUUUUUUUUUCUACAAGUUUUACAUUUUUUUAAAGAUGCAAUCUAUUAUAAAUUUCAUCAGAGUGAAGAAAUGAAAACUAGGGGUUUUCUUUGGAAAAAUAAAUAAUCUAGUAAUGUCUCUGAGGCUCAGGAAUUCUGACUCCAUUUUUGCAAGACAACACUGUAUUGGAUAAUGCUCCUUUUACAUGUGCUAUGGACUGUUUUUUCACUGCAUUUGAACAGACUAGAUAACCUGAUAGUAUUUUGUGUGUGUGUGUGUAUGUAUGUUUGUAUGGAUAAAAGGAAAGCAACAAUGCCUGAAGGUGACAUCUUGUCUGUGUGUUUCCCGUAGAUACACGUGCCAAUGUUCAAUUGCUCAAACACCCACAAGUCAUCUGAUACAAAAACAAUGCAAUGUAUUGCUUAUUUUGUAUUUAUUUUGUGUAAGAUUUAUAGGAUGCUUUCAGUCUUCAAGACUGUGUUAUUUUCUAACAGAACACAACUGUGCCUCCUUUUUGUAAGGCUGUUUGUAGGGUCCGAGUAUUCUUGUCUUGUGGUGAAUAGCAGGAGAGCAGCAAGUCUUCAAGGUAGUUGGGAAGCAGAGAUUUGAUAGCCUUUGGCAGUCUUACUGCGAGGAUGUACAGUAACUCGACAGCUAAGCAAUCCUUGGUAAUGAAAUUCAGUUUUGCUCUUCAAAUGCUUAUCCUUUGCGGACGGCUGUUCAUGGGACUUGUGACCUAAGGUUAAAUAACAAAGUUCAGAUCGUCUCCUCUUCUAUCGUUUUUAUUUUGUUUGUUCUUUUUAAAAGCAAUCUGCAUAUACCUGGAAGUGUUCAUUUACACAUCUCUGCCUCUGACAGCUCCUGUGUGAAAACAAGAGAGCCAGAUAACUUCUUGAUGGCGUUAUUUGUCAUCGCGGUGUGAUUGAGCCCUUCCUUAACUAACCAUUUAAAAUGUGUUUUAUUUCUUGAAACAGAGCGACCCUCGAAUAAAUGUUCCAAACUUUGCUCCAUCUUGCUAAAUCAACAAUAGUGUUCUCAAGAGGUUAUCUCUUUUUGUUUUGUUUUGUUUUCUUUAACUAACUUAAGGUUGUGUUGAUUAUUGAAGAACAUUUCCCAAAUAUGUAUUUUGAAGUGCUUUUAUUUCCAUGACACUUUGUAACCAGAGUAACUUCACUAUAUGAACACUUUUGUAGUAUGGAAAUAGUUCUUAAACCUUUUGCAUUUUGCUUGAUACUUGUAAAAUUUGUGUACAAGUUAAUGGGAAAUGUGCAUUAAACGGAACUUUUCUGUACCAUGCCAACCAUAAUUUUAUACAAUAAAUUCACUCAGAUUUCUUUAAA